GCCACAAUACAACGUCACUAACAUGCGACAUUAUACCUCAUCGAGAGCGCGAUAACUUCAGGUCUUCAAAUGACAUUUUACAAAUUCUACACAUAGAUUAGCCACCGUUCUAUGCGUGUUACAUCGAUUCAAGAAUAUGUGCGUGUGAAAUUACUUUAAUAAGUACAUUGUCCUUUGUCGUACCGAACCUUUCUGGUCAAUUUUUGGUCAAAAGGAAUGGACUCGACUGAGAUGCAAUUCGCCGUUCCACAGGGGCUCCCCUCGGCCUGGGACACCGUCACUGCCACCCUGGUGUCUCCGGUGUCGACUGAUGUCCCGAUGUGUGACGGGUCUCUCUCGGAGUCGCUAGCCCUGCUCUGCUCCAGCGGACUGGGCCAGUUCUUGGAGGGCUGGCUACUGGAGACCCUACAGGUGCGUCUGACGACCGCGGUGGCGCCCGAGUUCUGGGCCGAGCUGAGGCGGUCGGAGACGGAGCCGGAUGAAAGAGGCAGAGCCCGCGUUCUGCUAGGGGAUUUCCAUACCCUGCAGGAGAGACUGGAGCCGUUUCUGGGGGGUCUGGAGAGGCUGGGCGGCUGGCAGGACGAGGCCAGGGGCGGGCUGUGUGGGCCGGGGGCCAGGGGCCUCAGAGAGAGAGCCUUCUCCGUCAUCAGGGCCACCCUGCUGUUCUCCCCCUCCGCCCAGCUGCAGGAGCGGGUUCUGGAGUUCUACAGCAGAACCUUCUCUGUCCACAUGAGCUGGGAGGGCGGGGCUGUGGCCGGGGCCGGGCCGGGGGAGGCCGGGGCUGGGGACGAGGGGGCCGGGGGCCCAGAGGGGAGGCUGUGUCCGGGCUGUGCCGUGCCCCCCCAGCAGUGCUGGUGUCAGGAAGCCAUGGAGUGUCUUCAACAGCUGAGAUUCAUACUCUCCAGGCUGCAGCUGCUGGACAGGGUGAGCUCCGAGGCCGUCACCUCCAUCCUGCACCAGCUGAUCGAGCAGAGGACCGAGCAGCACUGCAGGGGCGAGCACGAGAGCUCCUUCCUGCUCGACUUCCAGGAGUGGUUGGAGCUGGUGCUGGGCUGGCUCAGUAGAGUGUUUUCUAGUGAAGGGAUUGGAGCAGGCCCCGGCGUGGGUGGGGCCAGCGAGGGGGCGGGGCCUGCAAACUCGUCGCUGCAGCGCUGGCGAUGUCACAUGCACCAGUUCUUCUGCAGGAUCUAUGUCAACAUGAGGAUCGAGGAGCUCUUCAGCAUCAUCAGAGAUUUCCCCGAGUCGAAGCCCGCCAUAGAAGACCUGAAGUUCUGUCUGGAACGAACCAAUCAGAGGCAGCAGCUCCUCACCUCCCUCAAAUCAGCUUUUGAGACCCGCCUCCUCCACCCAGGCGUCCACACCUCUGACAUCAUCACCGUGUACAUCUCAGCUAUCAAGGCCCUGAGGGAGCUGGACCCCUCCAUGGUCAUCCUGCAGGUCGCCUGUCAGCCCAUACGCAAGUACCUCCGGACGCGGGAGGACACGGUGCGCCAGAUCGUGGCCAGUCUCACCGGGGACGCUGAGGGCUGCAGCGACCUGGCCAAUGAGCUGUCCCGGGCCGACCCCGUUACCUUGGAGACCCAGGACAGCGAGGACGAGGGCAGCGACCCCGAGGAGUGGACCCCCGACCCCACCGACGCUGUGACCGAUAAGACGGGCUCCAAGCGUCGCUCCUCUGACAUCAUCAGCCUGCUGGUCAGCAUCUACGGCAGUAAGGAGAUCUUCAUCGAUGAGUACCGCACCGUGCUGGCUGACCGACUGCUGCACCAGCUGGACUACAACACAGUCAGAGAGAUCCGGAACGUGGAGUUGCUGAAGCUGAGGUUUGGCGAGGCUCACAUGCACUACUGUGAGGUCAUGCUCAAGGAUGUGGCUGACUCUCGCAGGAUCAACUCAAACAUCCGUGAGGAGGAGUCCCGUCUCCCCGAGCAGGAGGGCCCCCCCCUGGUGCUGUCGGCCAUGAUCCUGUCCUCCGAGUUCUGGCCCUCCCUGAAGGAGGAGAAGAUGGAGCUGCCGCCUCCGGCCGCGCAGGCCAUGGAGGCUUACACACACCGCUACGAGAAGCUGAAGGCCAUGAGGACGCUCAGCUGGAAGCCCCACCUGGGCUGGGUGACGCUGGAUGUGGAGCUGGAGGACCGAACCCUCAGCAACCUCACCGUGUCCCCCAUCCACGCCACCAUCAUCACCCUGUUCCAGGAGAAGAGUGUGUGGAGCCUGGAGGAGCUGAGCGCGGCGGUGGGCGUGCCCCAGGAGACGGUGCGCAGGAAGCUGGGGCUGUGGCAGCAGCAGGGGGUCCUGCGGGAGGAGGCCGGGGCGAGGUACAGCGUCCUGGAGACCAGCUGCUCCCGGGAGAGACCGGAGAGACCAGUCAUGCUGAUGGACAGCGACGAGGAGGGAGACUCCAACACCACCACCCAGUCAGAGCAGAGGGAGGAGAAGCUGCAGUUGUUCUGGGCGUACAUUCAUGCCAUGCUGACCAACCUGGAGAGCAUGACCCUGGAGCGCAUACACUCCAUGCUGCGCAUGUUCGUGGCCACGGGGCCUGUCAUCACGGAGAUGGAUGUGAACGAGCUGGAGUCCUUCCUGGAGAGGAAGGUGAGGGAACACCAGCUCAUCGUCUCCUCUGGAGUCUACAGGCUUCCCAAGACCUCCAGCUGAGAGGGGGGGGGGGG